GUACAUUUAGGCUACUAGGUAAUAAUAAAUCUCUCUCUCACACACACAAACAGUAUCCUGGCAUUAGGCACUUGCGGUCAUUAUGUCUGGACCAGAUCAGGAUGUCACCACUGAACCAGGAGCACCAGACAGAGAUGAAGGACAAGAACCAGACCCAGCUCCAAACUUUACCGGCAAUCCGCGCCUCCAACAGACACAGGACCAAGUGGAUGAGGUGGUGGAUAUCAUGCGUGCAAAUGUUGAUAAGGUCCUAGACAGGGACAAGAAUCUGUCGGAGUUGGACGACCGGGCUGACGCUCUGCACAACGGAGCUAUGCUGUUUGAGAGCAGUGCUGCCAAGCUAAAGAACAAGUACUGGUGGAAAAACCUCAAGAUGAUGAUCAUCAUGGGUGUUGUUGUGGUCGUCCUGAUGGGCAUUGCUUUCAUGUACUUCUACCACUGACCUGUAUACAAGCAUGUGGCAAAUUCUACCAGGGGAGAAAAAUUGGUGCAAUGUUCAUGAAAGUUCAUACGGCUGUCCAUUUUUCCUGACUGAUGUCUUUUAUCCAAAG